ACAACUUCCGGAGGCAAGCACAAAAAAAGCUCACGCAAAGCUGCAUGGCAUAAGCUUUUCGAAACCGUUAGCCUCUUGCGAAAAGCUCCACGCUCAGUCGCUCUCGACACACGCUGCAAUUAGGGAGGAAAAUCGUCUCAACGGAAAAAAUUCGUCUGCAUAAAAAUCAAAAUAGGCAGUGGGAAAAUUAUCAAGUAGCUCAAGUAGCGAAACUUAAGCAACAAAGCGAUUCGCGAUUUGUUUAACGAAAGGCCCGCAACAACAUCGUAUAUAUCUCAUAUACAUUAUAAUGUUAUUUAUGUGUCACCAAAUGGCCAUGAAGAAGGAGGCCCAAGAGAAACACAAAGCGGAGCAGCUGCGUAAGGCACAAGCCGCUUCUGAUAUUCCUAUCAUCUGGGUUCUGGGCGGUCCCGGCUGUGGCAAGGGCACCCAAUGCGCCAAAAUUGUCGAGAAAUAUGGAUUCACACAUCUGAGCAGCGGUGAUUUGCUGCGCGACGAGGUCAGCUCUGGCUCGGAUAAGGGGCGUGAAUUGCAGGCGAUCAUGACCAGCGGAGCUUUGGUGCCAAACCAGGAGGUGCUCUCCCUGCUGAAUAACGCCGUGACACGUGCCAAGGGCAACUCAAAGGGUUUCCUUAUCGAUGGUUAUCCACGCGAGAAGAAUCAGGGUAUUGCCUUUGAGGAGCAAAUUGCACCCGCCGAUUUGGCUUUAUACUUUGAAUGCUCCGAGGAGACGAUGCUGAAGCGCAUCCUAUCACGAGCAGCUGCUGCCGCUGUGAAGCGGGCUGAUGACAAUGAGGCAACAAUUCGAUCCCGUUUGCAAACCUUCAAGCAAAAUACAAGCGACAUUUUGGGACUAUAUGCCGAUAAGACGCUAACGAUCAAUGCGGAACGUGAUGUGGAUGAUAUAUUCAUCGAUGUUGUGGAUGCCAUCGACUGCAUACUAAAGAAAAAGCAGAAAGCAGUGAAGGCUUGUUAGUGAAUCGCGUGUGAAAGUUAUUUUAAUGAAACCCAAGCCAAACAACAAAUUCAAAAAUUCAUUUUGAACGCACUUUUUAGAAUCUAAGCGCACAAAAUCUGCACAAAUGAAAGCUUAACACCAAAUAAAUAAGCAUAUUAAUUAUUCUUAAUUACUUAUCUACUUCUAACUAAAUAAAAUGGCAUGAUUAUUCAAUGCCAAGAGCUUUAGCUUUGAUUGAGCUUAUAAGAGCACAUUACCUGCAUGUGCUUUACCUAAAUUUAAUGAAACAAACUCAAAUUCUAAGUUAUUAACAUAUGCGACAAUAAAGUUGAUGUGAAAACUGUAAA